AUGUCAACAUUAUCAAUGGUUGGAGGACUCUGGUCCAUGACAAUUUCCUCAUGCUUCGCGGCGCUACUCUACUUCCUUGCAAAGUUUUACGCCGCACGUCAGACGAUAUGGCGAAUGCAGGGAGCAGAAUUGCCAAUACCCGACUAUUCCUUCCUAGGCGGGCACUUUCCACUGAUUAAAAGGAUCAUGGGAACCUUGCCACUAGACAGCAUUGUCCACAACAUCAUGUGGAAGAUAUCAGAAGACUACCCAAGCGGUAUUUUCUAUCUGAGUCUCUGGCCUUUCAGUGGCACUGUGAUGGUUCUCGCAGACGCCGACGCAGCGUCGCAGCUCGAUAGCUUGGCUCUCGGUAAAGGGAUCGACAUCAUCGACCCCAUCGAGAGGAUAACUGGUGGAAGGAGCUUGUUGACAAUGAAAGGAGACGAGUGGAAGCAUUGGCGACGUCUGUUCAACCCGGGGUUUAGUGCCGGGUAUAUGAUGGGUUUGGCGCCUGCUAUUGCAGAUGAAGUGGCCAUUUUCCGGAAGAAACUUCUGGCAAAAUGCGCGGUCGAGAAGAGCGAGUUGUUAUUACUUGAGGACCUAACAUUGAGGUUGACCUUUGAUAUCAUCGGGUCAGUUGUACUGGAUAGCCGAUUUCAUCAUCAGUUACAAGAUCACCCCUUAGCAGGAGCUCUCCGUAAGCAAAUCGAAUGGACGUCUUUUCGCGAGCCGCUGAAUCCAUUAGAAAGGUACCUCACGAUCCGUCCACUCGUUCUGUGGCACAACGGGAAGGAACUGGACCAAUACAUCUCUAUAGAAAUCGACAAGAGACUUGCCGAGCGUUCUGAAAACUUUACAAACCCAAUCGACACACAACGUUCGAAGUCGAUAGCUUCACUAUUCAUCGACGAAUACAUCAAAGACUUGGGCGAUAAAGACUUGAGCGAGAGGGAUAGCGUCGAUAGGAAGCAGACGAUCAAAAAAAUCAUUAUACCUCAAGUACGGCUUUUCCUGUUUGCAGGCCAUGAUACGACUAGCAGCACCCUCCUCUAUUGCUACAAUCUCCUGUCUCAGAAUCCGGAAAUCGUAGCGCGUGUCAUAUCAGAGCAUGACGAGGUCUUCGGUAACGACCCAUCACAGGCGCAGAGUAGGAUCCACGAAGAUCCGCAGCUCCUCAACAAGAUACCCUACACUUCGGCCUUUAUCAAAGAGGUGCUUCGCAUCUUUCCUCCCGCUGGUGCGAUGCGUCAAGGACGUUCGGACGUUCAGAUCACCGACGGAGACGGUCGUGUACACCCCACCAAAGGCUGCAACAUCUGGACUCUUAGCCUGGCGAUACAUCACAACCCAAGAUACUGGAAAGAUCCUGGCGCGUGCAUCCCCGAGCGUUGGCUCGUUGGCCCGGAAGACCCGUUGUAUCCCCCUAAAGGCGCCUGGCGGCCGUUUGAGUGGGGUCCGCGCAACUGCAUCGGACAGACGCUUGCGAUGAUCGAGUUAAAAGUUGCGUUGGCCAUGACCGUGAGGGAGUUCGUCAUCAUGCCUGCGUACGAAGACUGGGACAAGCUUCAUCCAAAAUCCGGUAUUCGAAGUGUCAACGGCAAUAGGGCGUAUCAAGCAGUCAAGGGCGGGGGUGGAGCACACCCGGCAGAUGGAUUCCCCGUCAAGGUCAACCUGCGGAAUUAUUGA